AUGUGGGGUAGACAUAAAGGGGAGAUGGCUACAACCUUGGCAAACAAGAUCAAAUACGUGGGAUACACAAGUAAACCUAACGAUGCAAAUGAAAUGUGGAUUUCUAUAGCUGAAACAAUCCGAAGAGUAGCAAAAGAAACUUUAUGGGUGUUUACAGGAAAACCAAAAGUGCAUAAAGAGUCGUGGUGGUGGAACGAGGAGGUGCAAAGGAAGAUAAAGGAAAAAAAAAAGAGAUUCAAGGAACUUAUGGCUUACACAGUGGAGGAGGAUAGGAUACAUAAGAAAGAGAGCUAUAAAGAAGCAAAAUGCACGGCAAAGAAAGCGGUAGUAGAGGCUAAAAGUCGUGCGUAUGCGGACUUUUAUCAAAAGCUGGAUACCAAAGAGGGAGAGAAGCAUAUUUUUAAGUUGGCAAAAGCUAGGUCUAUGCAGAGGCAAAACUUAGGGUCAAUGAAGUACAUCAAGGAUGAGGGCAAACGAGUUCUCUUUAAACAAGAAGACAUCAAAAUGCGGUGGCAUCAGCAUUUUUCCCAACUGCUCAAUGAGACUAGGGGAGUAAAGGAGGAAGGUCGAAAAGCUUUUGAAAUCAAAAGAACUCUUGAUCAUGGGUCGAUUAGUGAUAUUACCACAUAG